AUGACUCAGAAGACGCUUAGCCACGGGAAUAGCGCGGACGUACAGACUACCUCAGCUGUACACGACGACGUGGCAUUCUCUCUCAUGAAAGUGAAACGCAUACAUUCGCAGCCGCUGGUCACUCCCUUGUCGACGUCGUCGCUUCCUAUCGAUAUCAUGCUGGUCAUACUAUCGCACGCCAUUGAAAUGCCAUCACUGAGCCGUGAUAGAGCCGGCUGGUUUGAGCGGCGCUUCUCCCUGGGCCUAAGCCACGUCUGUGGUUUCUGGCGUGCUAUAAUGAUGGAGAAUAAGGUCAUGUGGACGAAUAUAUCUGUCCUCUGGGAUCGGCAGACCAUCGACUGGUAUCAUACCCGUGCCGGUGAUCUACCUGUUCAGUACCAUCUUGUCAUGGAGGGACCGUCGUCGGCCAGGCGCGCGGACAACUGGUUGUUGGACACUCCUGUACAGGAGUUCAUCCGCACAUGCACUGUUCCCUCGGCUUCCUCUGCCAAGAAACUCAACAUCGAUCUACAAGUCGGAGGCUGGCCUGGUUUUGGGCGAGCCGUCAUUGCCGAUAACCUCGGCCGCGCUCUUGAGCGAAUGGAUGCACCAUAUCUCGAAGAGCUGUCUAUCAAUGGCAUUGAGACCCCUCGAUUUCGUAUAACUGGUGCCGCGUUCAAAGGCAGUGACGGUCUCCCAGCCCUACACAAAGCAUCUUUGACCAACCUCACAGUCGCGAACGAAAGCGCGUUCUUCCACUCUGGCCUUACACACCUUUCUCUCUACAAGGUGCAAGUUGAGUGGGGCACGCUGAACCUGCUCGAGCGCCUUCCAAACUUAAUAUCCCUCUCGAUCUCUCCACUCGCGGUCACACUCAUAACGAUCUCUACCCGAUACCACUUACCGCACCUCCAAACGCUCGCCCUCCGUGGCCCAGCCCGAGAUGUCAACACAUUCAUGGGAGCUCUCUUCUACCCCCACACAUGCUCUGUCGAUGUAUGCUUGAUGGAAACUUUGGGAGCAGAUCUCGACAAGAACACCGUGUACGCCCGAGGUGUCUUCGAGACCCUCCGGACGCGUCUUGAACCGCACGGGACUGUCGAUGUAUUCAAUCAUCUUGACGUGAAUACAGACCCCUUCAUCGUUCGCUUGGCGCUCUCACAACGCACGUGUGAGCAUCGCCCAGUCCCCAAUGCGCAGAGCUUGGUCGUGACAUUAGUCGCUUUCCUUCCCAACCGCCGCUUCUUGCUCAAACCAUUGGUGGACGACCAAUUGCCGGGAAUGGAGUUCAUCCGCACAUUGACGAGCACGUAUGCGGCGUUGGGGAGUAUGUCAGGGUUCCCACAUCAUCGCGACCUAUGGACGACCGUCGCGAGCCGUACUCCUCGGCUCGGCUCGUACGUUCUGCGGGGACACAUGGACAAUGCAACCAGCUGCUUCGAUGCCCUCGAAGCCGCGCACACGGACACCAGGUCACCUUUGCCGCCCGGCAGACCAGAGAAAAUUGUUUUGGAAGGGGUUGAUUGCGACGCAGAAUCCGAACAUCUACCUGCUAUACUCGACCCUGGCUCAUCGUUUUGGGCGGUCAUGGAGCGUCGCCCUGCAUUGAAGGUCAUAUUCAAGGGAUGCGCGGUCCCAAGUGGGGCUGAAGAAGGUUUGUCUCGCCUAGGCAAUGUUUCAGUGGUUUCAGAAUAA